AGUCCCGGAUCGAUAGCCGCCUCGGUCGCGUCCCUGCGCUCCCGUCUUGAGGAGCGGCAGUGAGCGCGCGCGCAGCCCACCAACACCACGCGAUCCAAAAAUAUUCCGACCAACCGCCGGGCCCGGCCGAGCCAUGGGCUGACCGACUAACAGCCCUGCGCAUUCUGAAAACGAAACAAACAAUCCAAAUUCAAAAAUUCGCGAACCGGAACUCGAUCUAAAUUCGAAAUUGUUGUGUGCCAGUGUUUUUGUUAUACCUAGAUGGUGGUGAGAUGUCUCCGACAGCCCUAGGCGCUGAGCUGCCGCAGUGGUGCGGCAAGAGCGAGGGCUGCCCGCAGGCGCUGCUGGGCUGGUUGUACCUGACGCAUGAGCAGAAUGACCAGUGGGUGCCAGGCUCAGUGUGGGGCCCGCUCCCCACGGCGUCCACCGCGCCGGCGCCCCCUUGCGACGAGCUGUCUCUGGCAGACCAGCUCGCAGCCCUGUCCCUGCGCCGCGCCCCCCGCCCCCCGCCGCCACACUACAUGUGCCAUCUGUGCUUCAAGAAGGGGCAUUACAUUGGGGAUUGUCCUCAGGCCCGUCCAAAGGGCGAGGGUCUGACGCCGUACCAGGGCAAGAAGAGGUGCUUCGGCGAGUACAAGUGUCCCAAGUGCAAGCGCAAGUGGAUGAGCGGCAACUCCUGGGCCAACAACGGGCAGGAGUGCAUCAAGUGCCGGAUCAACGUGUUCCCGCAUAAGCAGUUUGUACAUUCGCAGCGGCCGCUGGAGAAGCCGGACGGGCUGGACGUCAGCGACCAGUCUAAGAUCCACCCGCAGCACCUCUGCCAGAAGUGCCGUGCGCUGGGGUACUACUGCCGCAGGGAGUACUAGCGACAUCCUGGGGAACUAUAGGGGAUGAUUGGGGGAAAGGCUGUAUUUAACAGCAUACGGAUUUGAUCACGCACGCGG